UCCGCUCUUUCCGGAAGGUGAAAUGUCGAAGCGUGCAUAGACCCACCUCCAGGGUCCAAAAUUCCACGGCCACAGGGGCGCAUUACUCUCCGGACUCAUUCGUUAAAGCUCUUUCUUGGGAGCCUUGGCUCUGAAUCGACCUUCUCGGUGUUGGAUGCUGCAACCCAGCCCCUUGAUGCAGUGCGAAUCCAGUCCAAGGGAAGAGGAGAUCCCGUCCCUCUUUUGGGGUUUGGAUCCUGUGUUUCUAGCCUUUGCAAAACUCUACAUCAGGGAUAUCCUGGAGAUGAAGGAGUCCCACCAAGUACCAGGUGUAUUUAUUUACAACAGGCAUCCAAUAAGACGGGUGGAUAUCAUGGGAACUGUCAUCAGCGUGAGAGAAAGAGACACUUUCUACAGCUACGGAGUGGAUGAUGCCACAGGAGUUAUAAACUGCACCUGCUGGAAAAAGGACAAUGCUGAGUCUGCAUCAGACGCAGCUGCUCCAAGCACUGCAGGAGAGCUAAGCAUGACCUCACAGCUUAAGAGAUUGCAGGAGACCAUUAAGCAGAAAACCAAGAUAGAAAUUGGGGAUGUCAUCCACGUCAGAGGCUAUGUGCGCAUGUUCAGAGAAGAGCGAGAAAUCUGUGCUACCCUUUAUUAUAAGGUGGACGAUCCAGUGUGGAACAUUCAAAUUGCAAGGAUGCUUGAGCUACCUGCACUCUACAAGAGAGUAUAUGACCAGCCCUUCCGCAACCCAGCCCUAAAGGAAGAAAAGGCAUUCAACAGUACAGACGCCUUGGAUCCUGGUGGCCUCACAUCUUUGUUGAGUGAGAAAAUCAAAGAAUUCCUCCAGGAAAAGGACGUGCAAACCUUCUACCAGCAGGAAUUGGAAAUAGAAGAGUCCUUGCAGCCCCUGGCCAGCCAGCUUGUGACUCACAGCACCUGUCCCAACCAAGAGGAAUCAAAGAACAGCACCACUUCCGGUACAGCUCACAGUGUGUUUAAGAAUGCUGUUCAGCUGCUGCAGGAAAAGGGACUCGUGUUCCAGAAAGACGGUGGCUUUGAUAAGCCGUACUACGUAACCAACAAGGACAAAGACCUGCACCGAAAGAUCUACCAGAUCAUUAAGGAAGACUGCCAGAGACCAAACCAUGUGGAGAAGGGCUGCCACUUGAUGCACAUCCUGAGCUGCGUGCGCCUGAACCUCCGCUGGAACCUGAACAAGGCUGUGCUGCAGCAGGUGCUGGAGCUCCUGGAGGACCAGAGUGACAUCGUGAGCACCGGACCUCACUACUAUAUGGCCUUCUGAGCAGGACGGCUGCGCAGAGAUGGGCAGCUUU